AUAAAUACAGCUUGACUUGGCCCCUGUAGGACUGACUCCCCUGGGAUAUGAGGUGGAUACUGUUCAUUGGGGCCCUUAUUGGGUCCAGCAUCUGUAGCCGAGAAAAGUUUUUUGGGGACCAAGUUUUCAGGAUUAAUGUCAGGAAUGGAGACGAGAUCAGCAAAUUGAGUCAGCUAGUGAAUUCCAACAACUUGAAGCUCAAUGUCUGGAAAUCUCCCUCCACCUUCAAUCGGCCCGUGGAUGUCCUGGUCCCAUCUGUCAGUCUGCAGCCAGUUAAAUCCUUCCUGACUUCCCAGGGCUUGGAGUACGAAGUGACAAUUGAGGAUCUGCAGACCCUUUUAGACAAUGAAGAUGAAGAAAUGCGACAGAAUGAAGGGCAAGAACGGAGCAGUAAUAACUUCAACUAUGGGGCUUACCAUUCUCUGGAAGCUAUUUACCACGAGAUGGACAACAUUGCCUCAGACUUUCCUGACCUGGCGAGCAGGGUGAAGAUUGGACAUUCGUUUGAAAACCGGCCUAUGUAUGUACUGAAGUUCAGCACGGAGGAAGGCGUGCCGCGGCCGGCCAUUUGGCUGAAUGCAGGCAUCCAUUCCCGAGAGUGGAUCUCCCAGGCCACUGCAAUCUGGACGGCAAGGAAGAUUGCAUCUGAUUACCAGAGGGAUCCAGCUAUCACCUCCAUCUUGGAGAAAAUGGAUAUUUUCUUGUUGCCCGUGGCCAAUCCUGAUGGAUAUGUGUAUACUCAGACUCAAAAUCGAUUAUGGAGGAAGACACGGUCCCUAAAUCCUGGAAGCCCCUGCUUUGGUGCUGACCCAAAUAGAAACUGGAACGCUAGUUUUGCAGGAAAGGGAGCCAGCGACGACCCUUGCUCUGAAGUGUACCAUGGACCCCAUGCCAAUUCGGAAGUGGAGGUGAAAUCGGUGGUAGAUUUCAUCCAAAAACAUGGGAAUUUCAAGUGUUUCAUCGACCUGCACAGCUACUCGCAGCUGAUGAUGUAUCCUUAUGGGUACACAGCCAAAAAGGCCCCUGAUGCUGAGGAACUGGACAAGCUGGCGAGGCGUGCGGCCAAAGCUCUGGCUUCCGUGUCGGGCACUGAGUACCAAGUGGGUCCCACCUGCACUACUGUCUAUCCAGCUAGUGGGAGCAGCAUCGACUGGGCUUAUGAUAACGGCAUCAAAUUUGCAUUCACAUUGGAGUUGCGAGAUACCGGGACCUAUGGCUUCCUCCUGCCAGCAAACCAGAUCAUCCCCACAGCAGAGGAGACCUGGCUGGGUCUGAAGACCAUCAUGGAGCAUGUGCGGGACAACCUCUACUAGGCGACGCCCCGCUCUAUUUACAUUUAUUUGUACCCACAUGUGCCCACACUGAGGCCAUUCAUUUAAAGGAGCUCGUUCCUUCCCGUGUGAAUCAGAGCCCUCUGGGUCUGUAGAGCACACAGGCCUGCCCCUCUCCAGCCAGCUCCCUGGAGUCGCGUGUCCUGGUGGUGUCCCUGCCCGGAGCGGUUCUGCCAGCCCGCUCAAUUUUGGUCCCGCUGUCUUUGAUGAGCCUUUUGUCUGUCUCUCCUUCCGCACUGCUGGCUGGGCA